UUCAGCAAGAAAGGACAUGCUUCGGAAUUUUAUUCCAUCGUACAGUUCAACGACAAGAAGAUUGAAAACUGCAACACAGUGAUGAAACCUGGACGUCUAUUUUCCUAGGAGUUUCAAAGUUACUUAAUCUAAGUUUACAAAGGAUUUAUUUGUAAUAUUUUUUUAUUUCCAAUAUUUUUUCCAGUGAAUGAGAAGGAGCAAUCUCAGCAUUUGAAGAAAUUACAUUUUGGAUUUUAAUUAAUUUGAAGGAUAAUGUUCCUUAUUUCUGAAAUUUACUACUGUCUAGAUUAACAUUUUUGGAAGAAAGGAACGACAUAUUGAUCAAUAGAACUGGCUUAUUGAACAUGAAAAUUUCAAAUAAUGUGGACCCAAGUGAAGGAAAAGACUAGAUUUACAAACCAUCUGAGGAUUUACUACAACUAUAACAAAGGUACAGACUUACUGAGGAAUUUUGUAAAUAAAUAAUUGUCAUUAUGGUGGCAAAUUCCAACUGUACUGUUCAAGACUCCUUUAAAUAUACUUUAUAUGGCUGUGUGUUUAGUAUGGUAUUUGUCCUUGGUUUAAUAUCAAACUGUGUUGCUAUUUACAUCUUUACGUGCACACUAAAAAUCAGAAAUGAAACUACAACGUACAUGCUUAAUUUAGCAAUAUCAGAUCUCCUUUUUGUGUUUACAUUACCAUUCAGAAUUUACUCUUUUGCAUCGAAAGACUGGCCAUUUGGAGAUGUACUAUGCAAGAUUUCUGUCACACUGUUUUAUACAAACAUGUAUGGGAGCAUUUUGUUUUUAACCAGUAUCAGUAUUGACCGUUUUUUAGCAAUUGUAUAUCCAUUUUGGUCAAAGACAAUCAGAACAAAAAGAAAUGCAAAGAUCAUCUGCAUUAUAAUUUGGAUAAUUGUGACAACAGGAAGCAUACCAGCAAGUUUCUUUCAAUCCACCAAUGCUCGUGUUAGUACUGAAGGAUGGAAACACAAUACAUGUUUUGAACACUUCUCUGAAAAAACUUGGAAAACCUACCUUUCAAGAAUUAUUAUUUUCAUUGAAACAGUAGGCUUUUUUAUUCCUCUCAUACUGAAUGUGACAUGCUCUGCAAUAGUUAUAAGGACAUUAAAUAAGCCAAUUACACUGACCAGGAAUAAAUUAAGUAGAAAAAAAGUUCUACGAAUGAUACUUGUUCACUUACUGAUCUUCUGUUUCUGUUUUGUUCCUUAUAACAUCACCCUAAUAUUUUAUGCCCUGAUGAGAACUCAAGCAUGGGUUAAUUGUUCAAUUGUUACUGCUGUUAGAGUUAUGUAUCCAAUCACUCUGUGUAUUGCUAUUUCAAACUGUUGUUUUGACCCUAUAGUAUAUUAUUUUAUUUCAGCCAGUAUUCAAAAUUCAAUAAAAAUGAAAACUUCAUCAACUAGAAGACAGAGAUUUUCUGAAACUCAAGUUUCUGAUACUCAAGUUCGAUCCCAAGCAUUAAAAGCAAGAGUACUGGACAUUGAAUCUACUAUAUAAAUGGUGUUGACAGAGUUAGAAAAUAGAAUGUUCAAGAAUGUUCUUAUUUUUUCUUCAAAUAUAGUUAAAUUGAAUUUAAAAGUUGUGAAUUUUAAACACUAUUUUUAAUCUGUAAGCUGUUGUUUCAUGAAAUUUAUAUUAUCAAAUUAGAAAAAUAUUUCAUCUAUGUGGAUUUAAAAGAAAAUAUUUUUAUUAUUCAAUAUCUUAGGAAAAGGAGGUGUUAUAAUAAAGUGCUAAUAGCUUUCCUUAUUAUCCAAUAAAUUGUUUUCUUUCUUAUGUUACCAGUUUCAAUAUUAACAUCAUUGACAAUUUAACAUUUUAUUCAAAGGUAAUUUACUAUUGAAAAGACUGUGGAACUGUAUAAUAAAUUCUAUCAUGUAAAAGUGAAGAGAAAUAGUUUAUGGUGAUUGUUUAUGAACCUUGGUAAAAUCUUGUUUAUUUGAAUUAUGAAGUAUUAAACAUAACCUUCAACUAUCACAUGGAAUUAACAAGUUCUAAGUGAUAUAUUAUUGUCUGAAAAGUUUUGGUGACAGUUGAAAAAAUUCCUACUGUGAAUGAGAAAAUAUUUGCAUAGCCUUUGGACAGAAUAUUAUGAGAUUUUCAGAUACAUUUUUGGGAUGUUAGUUAAUUGCAGCAAAAAACUGGAAUUAUAUUGUACCUUAGGAGUGGGAUCCUCAACCUCUGGGCCAUGGCUCACUACUGUGCCGUGGCUUAUUCAUAAUUUGGCCGUGUGAGUGGCUGGCCAGAGCGUGCAAGCACGCAAAUCAAUUUGUGUGAGCGAUGGGCUGGCCAGAAAUGCCUGCUGCCCUGCCACUCACACAACCGGAGCUGCGCAUGCAUAUGCUACCCUGCCACUCAUGCUAUCCAGUUCCCCUCUCCCCCCCCAACCAGGCCGCCAAACCACAAAGGUUGGGGACUACCGCAUAAGAAAGACACAUAAGCAUCUUUCACAUAAGCAUCUUUCUAAGUAGAUAACUUAUAUUUUUUAAUUGUUUUAGCUAGUAAUAAUAGAGAACAAUUAAUGCACUAAGUUCACAAUAUAAGAUACUGUCAAUUUACUUUUAGCUUAAAAUAUGAACCUAGCUAUACAGGUAGUUCUCAAUUUAUGACCACAAUUGACUCCAAAAUUUUUG